AUGACUUGGAUUCAAUCUCAGCAAGGUGUGAUACCCAAGUGCAAGCCGCCGAAUGUACAUCAGUUUCUGAGGAGUCGUAAGGAGGGGAAUGGGUGUUUGGUUGAGACUAUACAGAGAUUCUUGAAUAAGGCAACUACAAUGGAGUACAACCAUAUGACAUCUGCUCUUACAACUGUAAACAAGAAGCUGCCAUUCAAUCGGUUGAUGAAGGACGCUCAAGAUAUAUUACGACGCGGAAUACUGAUCAAGUGUUUAGAAGCUGUGGUGCUCUCUAUAUAUUUGACAAACCCGGUUCCAGGAAUGGAUCGCAUACCGCUCGGGUUUGUAUCAGAAGAAGGUGGUCAAACGAGACGACACAUAAUACUAUUGAUUCGUUACAAGUCAGAAUGGGGUGCUCUAGGACUCUCAAGACGCGAUGAUCUGGCUGGUCGAGCUAUGAAAACGUUUCCAGAUGUGGUUGAACUGAUCAAGGACUAUCAUCAAGCUUAUAUAAACAGUUGA